AUGGAGGAUGCAGGCUCGGAUUCCUCAUUCGAUCCUCACGCAGAAAUACUAGAAGAGAACCUCAUCAAAUUACGUGGUGACCUGGCACAAUUGCGUGAGGGGAUUGGACGAACAACCGAAAGGUUAACAGCGUGCAAAGCAUUGCUCGGUGCGAUCAUACAGAGGGGACUUGCAGACGAACUCGUCGAAGACGUUCGUGAGCUAGAGGACGGGAAGAGCAUGACCGAUUGGGUCGAGUACAUGCACUGUGUCCACAGCGUAGAUGAUAUGCGAGCUCGGUGGACUGUACGGGUAUUGCAACCAAUACUCUCGGCUUGCGCCGCCGCAUCGGUGCUGGCGGGCAAAGCGUUCAUCGUCCUCACCGAACCCAGCGUCAAAGUCGAGAUCAACAACCCAACCUACGUUGUCCGCCUGCGCAUGAACCGUAUUAGCGACAUCACGAAGGACCAUCGGAAGAAAAUAAAUGAGUUGAUCCUCCCCUAUCUGUACCGGGCGCGCGCCGCUCUGAAAGCUUUCCUGGUCGAGCACAAAGGCAGGAAGUCCGCGAUCCCCAAGGCCGUACUCACCGACUAUCGGGCAUGCAGCAACGACCGCGACGCCCGCGUACAAUUCUUCACCAGACAUUGGGACAUGGCCUUUGAGAAUCGAUCGGAUAAUCGCGAAUUUUCGACGUUCAAGACAAAGGCCUCAUACCUGUUGACUCUGGCGCAGUACCCUCUGAAGGCCAGCGUUCACGAAGCGUAUGAAGAGAUGAGCACGAUUAUCGACUACAUUGAGGAGAGGGUGUUGAUUGUCGCGAGAUGA